AUGGAGAGCAGCGACCGGGACAUGUACCGCCAGUUUCAAGACUGGUGUCUCAGGACUUACGGGGACUCAGGAAAAACCAAGACGGUGACCCGUAAAAAAUACGACCGGAUCGUCCAGCUCCUGAACGGCUCCGAGUCGAGCUCCACGGAUAAUGCCAAAUUCAAAUUCUGGGUCAAAUCUAAAGGCUUCCAGCUCGGCAACUCGGACGAGGUCAGUGGUGGUGCUGGAGGAGGGAAGCAAGUGCUGUACGUGCCAGUCAAAACCACGGAUGGAGUAGGUGUAGACGAGAAGCUGUCUUUACGGCGGGUAGCCGUGGUAGAAGAUUUCUUUGACAUUAUCUAUUCCAUGCAUGUUGAAACUGGGCCUAAUGGAGAACAAAUCAGAAAACAUGCUGGACAAAAGAGAACGUAUAAAGCAAUUUCAGAGACCUAUGCCUUCCUACCGAGAGAAGCGGUGACACGAUUUCUAAUGAGCUGCUCAGAGUGCCAGAAAAGAAUGCAUUUAAACCCAGAUGGAGCGGAUCAUAAAGAUAAUGGGAAACCUCCAACUUUGGUGACCAGUAUGAUUGAUUACAACAUGCCAAUUACUAUGGCUUAUAUGAAACACAUGAAGCUGCAGCUACUAAAUUCACAGCAAGAUGAGGAUGAAAGCUCUAUUGAAAGUGAUGAGUUUGAUAUGAGUGACUCGACUAGGAUGUCAGCUGUGAACUCUGACCUCAGCUCAAAUCUGGAAGAGAGAAUGCAAAGUCCUCAGAACCUCCAGGGCCAGCAGGAUGAUGAUUCAGCCGCAGAGAGUUUUAAUGGCAAUGAGACCGUGGGACACAGUUCCAAUGCUUCAGGGGGAACACACUGCAGGGAGAUGGCAGAAACCAACAGUAAUGGCAAAACAAAUCUGGAGCAGGAUGAGCAGCCUCUGAACCUGAGUGACAGUCCCCUCUCUGCUCAGCUGACUUCAGAAUACAGACUAGAUGAUCACAGCAGUAAUGGAAAGAACAAAUACAAGACUCUCCUAAUUUCUGAUCUCAAGAUGGAACGGGAGGCAAGAGAAAAUGGAAGCAAGUCCCCUGCACAUAGCUAUUCAAGCUAUGACUCUGGCAAGAAUGAGAGUGUUGGCAGAGGUGCUGAAGAUCUGUCUCUGAAUCGAGGAGAUGAGGAUGAGGAUGACCAUGAUGAGCAGGAAGAUCCUGAGAAGGUUAAUGAAUCAGAUGGGGUAGAAGCUGAGCGACUGAAAGCCUUUAACAUGUUUGUCAGGCUGUUUGUAGAUGAAAACUUGGACCGAAUGGUCCCAAUCUCUAAGCAGCCCAAAGAAAAGAUCCAGGCUAUCAUUGACUCAUGCAGGCGACAAUUCCCUGAGUAUCAAGAGCGUGCCAGAAAACGCAUACGUACUUACCUCAAGUCCUGCAGGCGGAUGAAAAGAAGUGGUUUUGAGAUGUCACGACCUAUUCCCUCACACCUUACUUCAGCAGUUGCAGAGAGUAUCCUGGCUUCCGCCUGUGAGAGUGAAAGCAGAAAUGCUGCAAAAAGGAUGCGGUUGGAUAGACAGCAGGACGAGGCUGCUCCAGCUGACAAGCAGUACAAACAGGAGCCAGCCCAGGUCACUUACUCAACAUCAGCUGUUUCCAGCACACAGGAGGUGUUGUACAUCAAUGGCAAUGGGACCUACAGUUACCAUAGUUACAGAGGGCUUGGAGGUGGGCUGCUAAAUCUCAACGAUGCUUCUAGCAGUGGUCCAACAGAUCUCAGUAUGAAGAGGCAGUUAGCAACCAGCUCUGGAUCCUCCAGUAGUUCAAGCUCUAGACCCCAGCUGAGUCCGACUGAAAUAAAUGCAGUGAGGCAACUUGUGGCAGGGUACCGAGAAUCAGCCGCAUUUUUAUUGCGUUCUGCAGAUGAACUGGAAAACCUUAUUUUGCAGCAGAACUGA